CCGAGACGCCAUGAGCCCCAUUUCCCGGUGUACCUCUGAGGGUCUUACCCUCUGUGGUGUUCUCUGUGUUUAUGUCCGUUUCCGAAAGUGGCAUGAACUGAAAUUUUGUGUUUUUUCCAGCCAGUUUAUCUGAUAUCGAUUCGUAAUGGCUCCUCGUAAAGGGAAAGUAGUGCAGGAACAAGUACAGGUUUCUCUUGGACCACAAAUCAAGGAAGGCGAAGUGGUCUUUGGAGUCGCCCAUAUUUACGCCAGUUUCAACGACACAUUCGUUCAUGUCACGGAUUUAUCAGGAAGGGAAACAAUUGUACGUGUCACAGGAGGUAUGAAAGUCAAAGCUGAUCGUGAUGAAGCUUCACCCUAUGCUGCUAUGUUGGCCGCUCAGGAUGUUGCAGAGAAGUGCAAAUCUCUAGGUAUCACAGCUCUGCACAUUAAAUUGCGAGCUACUGGUGGUAACAAAACUAAAACCCCUGGACCUGGUGCACAAUCAGCUCUCCGUGCUUUAGCCCGUUCCAACAUGAAGAUCGGAAGGAUAGAAGAUGUCACACCCAUUCCCUCUGACCAGACAAGAAGGAAAGGAGGUCGACGUGGUCGUCGUCUAUAGUUUUGUUAUUUGUAUUGUAUAUUUUUAUCACUCAACUUCAUACUUUUUGUUUUUUUUCAUUAUCAAUUUUUACUGUCCAAACAACUGACAUAAACUUCCUUCUACACUCGA